AGAUGGGGAGGCGGAUUAUUCCUUCCCUCCCGCUACCUCUCUGACACUUGAACAUGCCCUCGACUCGUUCAGCCGCUUCCCGACCCGGUGCCACUCUAAAAGCGACGACUGAGCAAAGCCUCACGCUGCCGGGCUACUACUGGUCGCUCCCGCGGAAGGUGUGAUUUGAACUGAACCCCAUCCCGAGGCGGAAUGAUGUGCCCUUCACCACAAACGGGGGAAAUGGACCGCCACUGGGAUAGAAAUCGGUCGGAGAGAGGCAGGAUUGGCCAGAUCCUCACAGGAUCCGUGUGAGACCCGACUCAUAAACGGGGCAGUUGGCGCCAGCAGACCGACCAAGGGAAGAGGAGAGCCGGGGUGUUAUUAAUUGGACCAGAGAUCGCUGGAGCUGCCCAAGACAAGAAAGCAUUGCUGCAGCAAGGGAAACGAUGUCAUAGUACCGAUUAAACUUGUGCAACAGGAUCUGUCAGACAUGGCUACAGUCAGCACACAGCGGUCGUAUCCAGCCCUUCACAGACUCUCGGUCAGAAACAACGAUGAAGAUCUGGAAAGGAUAGAAAAUGGCAGCAGCAGGACCCACUCGUUGUGUGAAGACUCGUCUUCUGAGCUUCAGGCGGUGACGUCUGCAGAACCUAAAGACCAGCAUGAAUCCCGGCGGAGUUCUUUCACAGGCAACGGAGCUUUUGCCAGGCUAACUAAUUUCAUCAUUGUGCUGAGGAACUGGGCCACCCAGCAAAUCCACGAUGAAGACCAGAGACCAGAUUCAUUCUUGGAGCGCUUCCGGGGACCAGAGAUAAAGGAUGUAUCAAGCCGGGAGAGUAACACGCAGUCAGCUGCAGGUGAUCCUGAGCACCAAGGAAGGAGUAAGAAAAAGAAAGAUAUAUACAUUAUUGAUCCUGCAGACAAUCUUUACUAUCGAUGGCUGUCCGUUAUCGCAAUGCCUGUGAUGUACAACUGGUGUAUGCUUGUGUGCAGAGCUUGUUUUGAAGAACUUCAAACAAAAUACCUUGCUUUAUGGUUGGUGUUGGAUUAUGUAUCAGAUACGAUCUACAUCGUGGAUUCAAUUGUAAGGUUUCGAACAGGUUUUCUUGAACAAGGAUUGCUGGUCAAAGAUGCAAAGAAAUUAAGAGAUAAUUACAUGAAGAUGCCUCAGUUUAAGUUGGAUACCCUCUCCCUUUUACCAACAGAUUUAGCGUACCUUACAAUGGGACUGAAUUACCCUGAGGUGCGAUUUAAUCGUCUGUUCCGCUUCAGUCGAAUGUUUGAAUUCUUCGAUCGUACAGAAACCAGAACAAACUACCCUAAUGUAUUUCGAAUUGGAAAUCUUGUUUUGUAUAUCCUCAUCAUCAUCCACUGGAAUGGCUGCAUUUAUUAUGCAAUCUCCAAAUCAAUUGGGUUUGGUGUCGAUACUUGGGUCUAUCCAAACAUAUCCCACCCUGAAUAUGGACGACUUAGCAGAAAAUACAUCUAUUGCCUUUACUGGUCCACCUUGACCUUGACCACCAUUGGAGAAACCCCUCCUCCAGUAAAGGAUGAGGAAUUUCUGUUUGUGGUCAUUGACUUCCUGGUGGGAGUACUUAUCUUUGCAACCAUUGUUGGUAACGUGGGCUCCAUGAUCUCGAACAUGAAUGCCUCUCGGGCUGAGUUCCAAUCCAAAAUUGACGCCAUCAAACAGUACAUGCAGUUCCGUAAAGUGAGCAAAGACCUGGAGGUCAGGAUCAUUAAGUGGUUUGACUACUUGUGGAUCAACAAGAAGAGUAUAAAUGAGAAAGAAGUGCUCAAGAACCUACCUGACAAACUAAAAGCUGAAAUUGCCAUCAAUGUCCACUUGGACACACUAAAGAAAGUCCGAAUUUUUGCAGAUUGCGAAGCUGGCCUCUUAAUCGAGCUGGUGCUAAAGCUGCAACCACAGGUGUAUAGCCCCGGAGACUACAUCUGCCGCAAGGGAGACAUUGGCAGAGAAAUGUAUAUCAUCAAAGAGGGCAAACUGGCGGUGGUGGCUGAUGAUGGGGUAACACAAUUUGUGGUCUUGAGUGACGGCAGCUACUUUGGGGAAAUCAGCAUCUUAAACAUAAAGGGCAGUAAAGCUGGGAACAGGCGAACAGCCAACAUUCGAAGUAUCGGCUACUCCGAUCUCUUCUGCCUCUCCAAGGUUGAUCUGAUGGAAGCCCUGACUGAAUAUCCGGAUGCCAAGAAGAUUCUGGAAGAAAAGGGACGUCAGAUUCUGAUGAAGGACAAUUUAAUAGACGAAGAAGCAGCAAAAGAGGGGGCAGACCCGAAGGACCUGGAAGAGAAAGUGGAAAGAAUGGAGGCCUCCCUGGACACUUUGCAAACCAAGUUUGCCAGGCUCAUGGCAGAGUACAAAUCCACACAGCUCAAACUGAAGCAAAGGAUCACAAAGGUGGAAAAUAAAGUAAAGAACUUUGGCAGUGGAUACCUGUCUGAUGGCUUUGACAGUGCGACUGACACCGAAGAAGGAAAAUGACGGUGACAGCCUAGAGGACAUUCUUCGCUUUUCCUACCAUUUUGAUACUAGGAUUUACUGCUACGAAAAUAAAUUAUUUUUUUACGGAACUAUAUAGGUAUAGUGUACACCAAAAAUAUCAGCUAGUAUUUAAUUAACACAGAUCUGCAAUUAAACUAUACAAACUAAAAUAUGACACAGGUUUCACAUUAGCACCAAUUAUAGUUAGAUUUAAAUGCUUCUGUUACAUCAGAGGGAUUUAAAAAGGAGAGAGGAAGGAGAGAAAGAGGAAUUAUAUUAUGUCGAUCAACACUGUGAAGUAAAGACAGAAGCAAAGUACACCAAAUUAAUGUUUUGACAUCUGUGCUGUUGAAGUUUUUGUAUUGGAGUUGCCUUGUUAUUGUGUGGAAUUUAAAUGUUAAACACUAAACUUAUUUAUUGCCCAUUAUGCACUGCUGUUUAGGACAGCAAUGAAGGUCCUCCAUCUCUGGCAGUGUUCAGGGCUUCCCUCGUCACGUCAGUAGCUCCCUCUCAGUUUUCACUACUGUCAGCCAUGCAAGUCCUGGGUGGAGACUCAGGAUUACCAUUGCACUCAGAUGUAGAAGGAUUCUUUAUUGCUGCUUCUGUAACAAUAUUGUUUUAACAGUCAGGGCUGUUAGCCCUGAGCUGAACCCCCAAAUCUGGAGGACCAGUGAACCUUAGUCGGGCCUCUACCCUUUGCCCUGUUUGACAUGGUUGACGCCACCUGGAGCCAAAACACAAGGCCCUUACUCCAGCCAACAUGGCUCUCUGGGUCAUUGAGGCACACAAGCCUCUAAACCUAAUGUGAAGGCUGUGGUCCUUUUGGAGGUAUAUCACUAAUUCUCAGCACAAAAUAGGCCUGUUGAAAGAGUUUCCACCUUUUAAAAGGAUGCAAAUGCCUCCCUGCUGAACCUCAGCAAAAAUUAGGCCUGUUGGAAGUGUGUCCGGCUUCUAAAAGGAUAUGAAUGCCUCCCUUUAAAUUUAAAGUGGGUAUGACUAAUGAAUGACAUGAUAGCUUUCUGCAGCUGAGUGUUAAACACUGCAAGGCACCACAAACAAACACAAUUGCGUAUCAAUUAUUGUCAUUUAAUUUCUCUGAGCAUCACCCAUCUUUAUCAUAUAAAAGAGAACAAUGCAACAAAUCAUGGCAAUGUAAACCAGUUGCUUGAUCUCUUAUGUUUGCUGUAUUAUGCCUUUUAACAAAUAUCAAAGUAAUAAAUAUGGCCAGAAAGAGCCAGUUAAUCACAGCUCCAACUGUGGGAUUGAUCCUCCGGGAAAGAAGUUCAGUGCAUUAAAGGUAGUCCAAGAAGCAGCUGAAAGAUGAACCAGCUGGGUCAGUGCAUCUCGUUGCUUUGCACUAAGUAAAAAUGAAAAUAAAUUGCUAUGAUUUGGGAUCAAUAUCUUGAGAAAUGGUUCACCCAGGUAUUAUUUAAGAGCUUGGGCAUUGUCAGAUAUGAAGAUUUUCUCUCAUUCUUUUUAUGUAUUGGUAAAAUGAAAUCAUUUUAAUGUAUUUAUUAUCCAAAGAAUAUCAAUAAUUUUUGUGGUUAAAAAGUGAUUUUAGAUUUUCAUUUUAAAUUACACAUUUGGUUUAUGCCCAUUGUAAGUGUAACAUUAAAAUAAGUCUUACAACUUGUCGGUUUUUGUAUGAAUUGAAAUAUGUUGUCAGACAUUCUUUUUUGUUACUGUUUAAUACAGUUCAUAUCAAGAUGUGCUGGCUUAAUUUUUUUUUGCUCACUAUCUUCCUUCCUAGCUUUUUUAUUCAGACGGAAAGACUACUCAGUUCGUAAAGCUAUUGCUGGAACCAGUAUUUCAAAGAGGCUCCUGAGUUCAGUGGAAAAUGUACAGAAACUGAAAACUUGGCUAUCAUAUAUAUUUUCAUACUGAUUGCUCUUUCAUGUUAAUUAAUGAAAGAAAACAAAGAUAGGUUGAAGUUUCCAGUGAGAUGUAUUACUGAAAAUCUGUUUUCUGAACAACGCACCUAAAUACCAAACCAUGGUCUUUCCAUGAUCAUGAUUGCUCUUGGCAAUAUGUUCUACGGAAGUGAUCCUUCCCAUUAUCAAUACUCUUCAGAGAGUGUCUGCCUGGCGUUAGUGGUAGCAUAACCAGGAGUACGAUAUGUACCAGCUGUUUGUACAACCAACUGCUCCCAUAGCUGCACAUGAUCCUGAUCGGGGGGUGGGGCAUGCUAAGCAGAUGCCACACUUUGCCCAUGGGUGACGUGCAGGCUAGAGGAGGGAAGGAGUGCCUUACACCUCCUUCGGCAGAGACAUAUUUCCACCCCGCCACCCCAGCCAUAUUUGAUUGAACUGCAGAGGAAUGUGAAAAUUUCCCUCAGUAUCUCUUUGAUUGCUGAUUGUUAACUCUCAACAACACUAAAAUAAUUUGUGGUUGUAUAGCUGGUGCAGAGUAAAUAAAAUAUUGCAUGUUUAAAUAAAUUCCACACAUAAAAAAAGGAAUAAUACACUACAAAAUAAUUUGGCAAGGGUUGUGGACUUUGCAGGACAUACAUUGUUUGUAAUGUAAUUAGUUUGAUGGAGGGAUGUGGACAUGGUGUAGGUAGAAGGUUGGAUAUUUUUUAUUUGCUUUUUAGCUGGUUUGACACAACUUUGUGGGCCAAGUGGCCUGUUAGCAUGCUGUACUAUGUUCUAAUAGACUUAGUGGAGGAUUGGUGAUUAACCAAUUAAUGACGAAGUUCAGAGGUACAGACUGAUUUAUAUAGCACCUGUCAUGAGCAUAGGAAGCACGCUAUACCUAAUCAGGUAUACUUGAAGUGAACUUUCCCACUGCCUAGUGUAAGAAAUGCAACAACCGUUUUGUGUUCAGAAUGGUCACACACGUAGGAAUCCAAUAAUGACCAGUACUUUGGUUUAAAGGCAUCAGUAUUGGGUAUUGUUGUACCAAUUUAGGAACAGUGGAUUGUCAAGAGAGAUGGCGAUGACAGAGAGAAGACUCGCUUUUAGCUGGUGCUGUGUGCUUGAACUCAACCACCCAGCAAGUGAAUGAGACAUGGGAGUGAGGCAAAACGAUUACUGGCGAAGGCUAGUAGUGGAAGUA